AUCGGAGGCGGAUUCGCCAUUCUCCAUCUCUCCUUCUCAUCUUCAUCUUCUUCCUCUGACCGGGAGCGGAAACAGAAGGGAGGAAACAAAUAAAGAAGGAAGGUGAUUCAUUCUUUGGAUGGCAAGAAGCAGCAGCAACAAAUACGCAGCGAUCAAUUUCAACGAGAUAUACGGCAAUAAAUCCUCCCUCGCCUCUGCGUCUCCUUCCGCCAACGGUUCCCACCCUCCCCUCGCCUCCGCCAGGCCCCGAUUCCAACCCAAUGGCGGCAUGCUCGUCUUAACCAGACCCUCCAAGCCAAAGCCCCAACCUUCCACCGUCUCCGAUUUCCACCACCAACCCUCCCACCAAGCCCCCGCUACCGUUUCCCCCCAAAUCCCACCGGAACAGCCCCGAGACCAGCCUACCCACGAUCCGGUUCCUGCGAUCCAGCCGGCGUCGAAACCGGAUCGCUUCGUCCCUCCACACCUGCGCCCGGGGUUCACCGGAGAAGGGUGCAAGGCUUCUGAAGGUGGGCAGGGCCAUUUCCGGGAGGGGGUGCGCCCCAAGUCUGGAGGAUCUGUUGAGUCUCGUGGACGGGCGGAGUUCGAUGGCGCUGAGAGGCCACGCCCGGGUUCGGGCGGAAACCGUAUGAAUUCUAAUGGGUUCUAUCCUUCCUCCCCGUUUUAUGAUCACAGGGCAAAGAAGAAUCAACACAACCCUCAAAAUAUAGUCGGUUGAUUUGGGAGGUACAACACCCAAAGCUUCCUUUAUCUGCCUGCGAUCCUCUCCUUUAGGAUUUGGUCUCCUUAUUGUUCUGGUGUAGAAGAAAGGAUUUUCUGUCGUUCUUGUUAUCUUUCCCUGUUGUAGAGGGAUGUGAUGUCUGGUUUAUUAUGGAGAAGAACUGCUCUAGCUUGAUUGUGCUGCUUUAGUUUGUGUUGUUGUUGUAAGGUGGAUUCUGAAGGAGUCUUGAGGCGAGAUUGUUAUAUGUACUGUAAUUGCCAUCGUAGAAAGAUGUUUUCCUUCAUGGAUAAAAGUUGGGAUUUAGUGACU